UUUUCGGUCACGCCGACUUGCGGACACCCAGCUGACGUGUUGCAUUAUAUUUUAAAGAUAAAUUGUAUAUUAUAAACAAAAAUAUAUUGUGUUAAAGUGUUAAAACAUGUCACAGUUUGGUGGGCCCAACGAUUUCUAUGCCUCCGGGCCAACUGGCGACUCGAGCUACAACUUUGAUAUGCCAGAGUUUGGACAAGAGCUCAAUUUCCAGAGUUUUGACAACACACAGCCUUCGGUGCCGCCAAACUAUGAUGCACCAGGCUACAAUAACGCACCAAAUCAAGGGCUUGGCGGCUUUUACGAUCCCACAGCAUACACAGAUAAUGCGUAUGGACAGGACAAAUCAUUUAAUCAAACAGGCGCUGCCGGCAACGGCGCCGCUGGCAACGAAUUUGAUGAUGAGCCACCGCUGCUUGAAGAACUGGGCAUCAAUCCAAAUCACAUCUUCCAAAAGACUUUAGCCGUGCUUAAUCCCUUGCGCGGCACUGACCAACAAAUACUCCAGGAUACGGACAUGGCUGGCCCAUUGGUCUUUUGUCUAGCACUCGGUGGCAUUCUGCUCCUGAGCGGUAAAGUUACAUUCUCGUAUAUCUAUGGCAUUGGAGUCAUGGGCUGCAUAUUUUUCUACUGUCUGCUGUCGAUGAUGGUCACUCGCUCUCAAGUGACCUUUGGCGCUGUGGCCUCCGUUCUCGGCUAUUGUCUGUUGCCCAUGGUCGUGCUUUCUGGCAUCAACAUUUUAAUCACCAUUCAGGGCACACUCGGCCUAAUUGUGAGCGGCAUCGCCAUACUGUGGUGCGCCAUAUCGGCAUCGAAACUAUUCGCCACGGCAUUCUCCAUGGACCAUCAACAGCUGCUGAUUGCCUAUCCAUGUGCGGUGCUCUAUGGAGGAUUUGCGUUGAUUACCAUUUACUAGGCUCGUCUGCCGCCUGCCUGUGGCAACCACGUUUGUCGACUGGCAACUGGCUCUGUGUAAAAGUGUGUGUGUCUAUCUCUGGCUCCAGUUAUCCGUGUCUCUCUCUCUCUCUCCCUCUUUAUAUUGUAUUUCUCUGUGUGUACUGCAAUAUUGUGGCAUGAUUUUAAUUGUCCUGCACACACACACUCUUACAUCGACUUGCACACACACAAACGAACACACACAUACAACCAGUUUGCCAGAGACACGAUAAUAUUUUAAGAAAAUAAGCGCCGAUUGUAAAUUUGUUUUUCAUAUGUUUUUCAACCUCGGUGCCGUGUAAUAAAUUUGAUUGAGCAAAGAAAAAAUAAAAAUGUUAACAAAUUGAAA